UCAACUCCAUUGGAACCAUGGCUAAGCUCCUUGCUCUCGCUGUGUUUGUUGCAGCCUUCCUGGCUCAGGUUCGUGCUGAAGAGGCAGUGUCCGUCUCUAAGACUCGGAAGGACGGGGGUCUGUCUCGCUACAUGCUGCUCAUCAACAAGGAGGAGCAGCUGGCGACAGAGCAUGUGUGGGCUGGAAAAGACUCAGCCACUGUCAUCUUCGACUACAAGAGUGGGAUCAUCGCGUACAGGAUUUUCGACGGCCAGGCGUGUUACGCAGCCAAAAUGAACCGGAACACCUUCCCUGCUCUGGAUAAGCUCAGAGAGACUCUGGACAACGAGAAGAAUCACAAGCAGAGCCCCCCUGCCCCAGAAAAGAAGUACAGCGUGAACCCCGUCCCGAUGAAGGAUCAGGGGAAGCUGGGGGCCCCCGUGCAGGCGCUGUGCCAGGGGGUCCCGGCCUAUUGGGCACAGGAGCAGAUCGGUGAGAUGUUCUAUCUCGACUCCGGUUCCUGCCUCCAGAUCGGUCUGCUCAUCUUGGGCGUGUCUCUCUGUGGGCAUUUCAACACGGGAUCAAACUACCCGGCUGACUACCCUCUGCCUGUCGUAUAGAGCUGCAGCUCUGGAUCGAAACAAAGUAGAAAGCCAAUAAAAGUACUUUGCAA